AUGGGUCCUGGGACAGAGGUGUGGCCUCAAUGUACCUCAUUGGAAAAUAGGUAUUCAAGGGAAUGUAUGCCUCCUAUGAUAGAAGAUGAGGAUCCUGAGGAUUUGGAUAAUGAUGUGAGCCAAGCUAAGUUUACUAAGCCUCCAAGAAAUGGUCCUCCACCGGUGCGACAUUGUCUCAGCGAGGCUCUAUUAGUUGACACCUCUAAUUUGAAAAUAACCCAACAUUCCGCGCCCAGUUCACCACAGAAUGUAAGCUCUCCAUUUUUACCUGCAUUCCGCUCAGGAAGUUGCUCCGAGAUUGGUCCAAAACCAUACAUGGAGGAUGAGUUUAUUUGUAUUGACGAUCUUCAAGAGCACCUAGAAGCAAAAUCGGGUCACCCUUUAAAUGGAGCAUUUUAUGGGGUAUUUGAUGGACAUGGAGGUGUUGAUGCUGCUUCAUUUACAAAAAGGAACAUUCUUGAGUUUAUCGUUGAGGAUUCUAAUUUCCCAAAUGGGGUGAAGAAAGCCGUUAAGAAUGCUUUUGUCAAAGCUGAUCAUGCAUUAGCAGAUGCAGACACUAGUGCACUUGAUAACUCAUCUGGAACCACUGCUUUAACCGUCCUUAUAUUAGGAAGAAAUAUGAUAAUUGCAAAUGCUGGAGACUCGAGGGCUGUACUUGGCAAGCGUGGCAGAGCAAUCGAACUUUCAAUAGACCAUAAACCAAGUUGCACGUCAGAGAAAAAUAGGAUAGAAAAACUAGGAGGGGUUAUAUAUGAUGGCUACCUAGAUGGUCAACUAUCCGUGGCACGUGCUCUAGGAGACUGGCACAUGAAGGGUCCAAAAGGUUCAGAUGGCCCGUUAAGUGCAGAGCCUGAGUUAAAAGAGUUAACCUUGACUGAAGAAGAUGAAUUUUUGAUAAUUGGUUGUGAUGGUUUAUGGGAUGUGAUGAGUAGCCAAUAUGCUGUGACAAUAGUAAGGAAAGAACUUAUGGUUCAUAAUGAUCCUGGAAAAUGCUCAAGAGAACUUGUUAGUGAGGCUUUAAAGAGGAAUAGUUGUGACAAUCUAACGGUCGUCGUUGUUUGUUUCUCGGUGGAGCCACCACCGAAGAUUGAAAUACCAAGAUCGUACAAGAGAAGGACUAUUUCGGUAGAAGGAUUGGAUGUAUUGAAGGGUGUUUUGCAUCAUGUUUGA